AUGAAGGAGGGCGAUGAAGAAAAGGCGAUGAAGGAGGGCGAGGAGGCGUCCUCCCGCUGGAGGAGCUUGUCGCUCUCAGCCUUCACGCACGAGCAUGGCGGGCAUUACGCGAGGCAUGACAGAGCUCAUACGUCUCUGACCUGCGUCGUAGCCGGCGAAGCUUGUCACAGCUCGCGGCUGUUGGUCGAGCAUGCAGCCCAGCAGGCUCGAGGGGAGGAGACAUCAGACUCCUCGGGAUCGAUCGAGGAUGCGAUGUCACUGAUUUGGCUGUUCCCAGACUGGAAGGAGUUGAAUCGAAGUCAGAUGUCGAGGCUUCUCAAGCGACUGCCCAAGCAAGUCGAAGCGAUGGCGGAAGAAAAGGAGCGAGCACGCUCAAGAGAAGGCAAGACGAAGAGCAGACUGUCUCUCAACGCCAUGUACAGCGCGAUACAAGAAUGGUGCGGGAGCUUCAACAACGACAGCGACAAGCAUCAGGAGCUGCUAGAAAAGAUCGAGCAGGUGGAGGAGCAGAUCUCCAGCCUCUCGUCGUCCUUGAGGCGCGUCAAGCAAGCGGGGGCAUGGGAGCAGCUGCAGGAGGCGAUGCUGAGCGACACUAUCAGAGCUCUCACAACUCGACGGAUAGUCCCGAACCCUCAGGCGACUAGCAAGCAGCGCAUGCUGUGGACGUUUGCCAUCCACUCAAUGGACUACAAGCUUUCGGUGGGUCUUGUGAGCGCUGACUGCAGCCCAUCGGGCGACUGGUUCUCCUCCUACCAUCACAACAAGGUCUGGUUCUGGCAGUCCUGCGCCUCCAGCGUCAGUUUGCUUGCCAACGGCAACCACAUCACCUCCACGUCCUCGCACUCCUUCAAGGAGGGCAGUCGGGUGACGAUGAAGUUGGAUGCUGACGCAGCUGCUGUCUCCUUCUACCUGCAGCCUUCCGUCACCUCCUUGAGCACAGUGUUCAUAGGCCGCAUCCCCGACGUCUACGGCGAGCUUGUUCCUGCCGUCUGCCUGGGAUCGCCAGGUGACCUCGUAGAGCUCAACCCCGUGCCAGCAUGUGUGGAUCCCCCGAGUGACGUAGCUGGUGGGGAGGAGCAGCGAGCAAGGGAGGGGCUCCAUCCAGGUGUGCUCGCGUCCUCCUCGCUCGCCUCUACCUCCUUGCUGUCUUCUGGGAUCCGAUCGCCCGUUGCCAGCCUGUCGCGGCUACUCAGCGACUCCAAGGUCAGCCUCCGGAGCUUCUCGACCUUUUUCAGCAGCAUCGAGAGCUAUCUGGAUCAGGACGCAGCGGUGAGGAGGGAGGAAGAUGGGUUGGUGCAGGCGCACAGAAACUUGCGGGAAGCCAAGGGGCUGGUGAAGAUGCUGACAGGGAGAUCGAACGUGGUGUUGCUGUGGAAUCUGGCGAGAGAAACAACACAAGGAGAGCUGCUGGCGUUCAUGAAGGGCUGCGGGGAGAUCCUUCACAUCAGCUCCUGUACUGACUUGGACUUUCUGCAUGCGGACGUCAGGCCGCAGCUGCAGGCGACCCAGGGCCUCGUCAACCUCCUCGUCUUCGUGACCUUCGCAGGCUCUGACAGCGUCGCACGUGCGAUGCGACUUGACGGGCAGAGUCUCAAGGGCAGUCAAGUGCGGGUGCGAGAGAUUCGCAGAGUUGAGUUCGACGACGGGGUGGAGCAGACGCUGAGCAUGCUCGACAGAGACUUGUCGGCCAUGGCAGAGGCUCUGCGGUCCCACGUGACCUCCCUCAUGAAGCUCUUCAUGCUGGAGAUGCGCUCGUUCGCUGACUGCCUGCUCCGCCUCGACUCGGAGAGAGCUGCUCUGACCUUGAACCGCGCUCAAGGGUUGAGUGAGCUGCUACCCCAGCAGUUCUUCUGGAAAGACAUCCAAGACUUGCCGGGUCUGCACGACACGGUCGCCGGUCUGAACUUGAUCAGCAAGGGGGACGAAGACCUGAGAAGGAACGUGACCUCUUGCAUCCAGAAGGCGCGAGAGAAGUUCAACAACAUGUACCCUGCUCUUGAGACGCGCAGCCUGCAGGCCGUGCUCAGCUGGAUGAGGAGGGUUCUAGAGCAGGCUGAGGAUGAGAUGCAGCGGGCGAACAACGUGAAGGCAGCAUGGGAGCUCGUGCAAGAUGCGAGGCGAUGUUCAGAGAGCCGAGUCAACUUCCAAGACCUGAAGACGAUCGGAGCAGAAGCAACUUCUCCAGCUCUCCUCGUUUCCUCCCUCGAGUACUACUGGCAUCCCGUACUCGAUCGCUCCCCUGCCGCUGCUGACGUCGUGAACGGGAUCAAGAGCGCACUGGUGCGAGUCAAAGUUGUGGAGAAGCUGGUGCAUGAGAGAAUGAUCCCCAUGAAGGAAGAGAUCAAGAGAUUGUGCCGGCACUGCGACGAGUUGUUUGCAAGGGGUGAGGAUGAAGCUGCAGUGGAGGUGAUGGAGCAGCUGCGGCUCAAGCAGCGAAGUCUCCCUGUGGAGGACGUCGAGUUCCAAGUCCUCAGCAGCAAGCACCGGUCAAGGUACGAGCAGCGCAUGACGGAGAUGACAGAGGAGAGGAGGAGACCGAGGGUACACCUGGAAGGAAUCUACUUGUCGUUCAUGGCGGCGAACAACGUUGAUCAAGACGACUUGUCACCAACUCCUUACGAUCGCUCGAGGAAGCUGGAGCCUUCCUAUGCCUCAAGAAGGGAGGUGGAACAGCUCCGAAUCCAGCAAGGCAUAGUCGACAAGAUCAGAGAUGCUCUGAGAUCCAGAGGAUGGACCGUCCACUCGAGCAACCAGCACCGCCUCGACACGACGAAUCAAGAGGACAUGUUGGGGAUGGGACUUUCAAGGUCCUUGCUGCACUCAGAAGAGGAUCACAAGAGCGUGGGAGCGAGGAUAAGAGUAAAAUUGGCAAGAGAAGAGCCUUGGGACUUGCUGAGGGGCAUCCCGGACUUGUUGAGGGGCAUGCCACAGUUCUUUGCCGAGGUUUGCUUCUCAGUGCUGCUGCAGAGACAAGAGUCCCUCUCGAAGCAAGAGAAGCCUCUUCCGGAGCGUUAUGCGCACAUGAACGUAUCAGCCUCCAGGUUUUACAUCAGCCAGCACGUUUUGAAGGAUCAAGUGCUGGAGCUCGACGUGGUGGUUAAGCCAAGUCACAUGGCCAACGACAGAUACUCGUCACAAGAGCUGGUGGCAACGUUGAGCCAUGCCGUCUCAGUCAACCACUCGUCUGCAAGCAACCAAGCAUUCCAAAUGAUGGCUUGCUUGUGGCCGUGGAGUGUCAAGGAGCAGCGGGUCGGCAUGGACCGAAUGAGGUGGCAGGAACAGGUCGCGGAGAGCAUCAAGAACUGCGUGUUCUUCGUUCCCGUAUUCACAGAGAGGUACCUCAACAGCUGUGCGGUUGGUGAUCUGGCUGCAUGGAGGACAAGCGCAGCCACGGAGCUCAGGCUCGCGCUCUCCCUCAAGUCGACGAGCUUCAUCGUUCCGGUGAUCAUGGACGCUGACGUUAACGCUGCGAGGCUAGACGAGCGAGUGCGUGAGAUGUUCCUGAGAGGAUUCUUCCUCAAGGUGUCGAGAGGCUCUCUUGACGAGCAGCUGGACCGUCUGCACGAGUACCUCAGCAAGAAACUCCCGGAAGAGAAGAAACAAGAAACCAACAAGUCAACCACCGACAAGGCUCAGCCCUAUCUUGACUUUCUCAACUAG